AUGCAAAGAGCCAGACUUGUUUUUCUUUUACUGACCAGUUUCGCCUUAGCCUUACUGGAUUCUGCAGAGAGUCUGACAUCAGAAAUUGGUAUGUUAAAUGAACAGCUUAACUAAAAGAAACUGAGAACAAGUGAAAUGAAAGUCAGUAGAUAAAGCAUAAUGGCGCUCAAGUGAAAAAUCACCAUUUGUUUAAAAGCAUACUUCAUAGCUUCUACAACGCAUGCUGCUUCAUGCAAAACAUCAAUUAUGAUGAUAAUAGUGCUGAUAAAAUCAAUGACUAUGAUAAUGAUAAUAAUAAUAAUAAUAAUAAUAAUAAUAAUAGCAAUGAUUAUAAAAAUAAUAGAAGUAGUUGUUCGCUUAUAGAAUUUCUCAUGAUUAUAUUCUAUCAAACUGAUGUUUCCUCUUAAGAAGAGCUACAGUUGCUCAAACUUUGUAUUUCAAUAAUUCAUUCCAAAGGCGACCAAUGCGAUGAACUACUGGAUUUCGAGAACAGAAAUCAACUCAACUGCUUCGCAACUCGAGGAGAUUCCACAAAGUCGUUAUCUGAAGAAAGAGCAAAGAAUGGUCUGUACUCUCUCAAGUGGGAGUCAAAGUCUACUGGCAGGUCGAGACUAGUAUAUACCAGGCCUUCCUCGUCGUCCAUCCGGGGGAAAAAACUUCGGUAUGGAGGAAUGAAAAUCUGGCUUUACAAGGAAAGGGAAUCUGACGGAAAGAUGGAAAUCCGGCUGAGAGACAGUAAUAAGAAAAAAACAAUUGGAUUGAUUCCAGUUGAUCUUGGGUUUAAAGGAUGGAGAGGAAUAUGGGUGGCCUACUCUGAGUGCAAGACAUCUUCCAGGAGUAUUUACGGUUCUGCUCGAUUAGAUCGAGUCAGUUUUGUAAUAAGCCAGAAGGAUACUAUCUUUAUUGAUAUACUGGAUUUUGUAGACAAUUUGGCUUUCCAGAGUCGCGAUAAAAUAGUUCCACCAUUUACAACGAAGUGGAAGGUGGCUACAUCCUCAAGGUUUCAAACAUAUCGCUGGAGUAAACAGAAACCAACUGAUCUUCCCAAAGCUGUCGAUGCAUCAAAAACUUUGAGUCUAAAACACAUCGAAAGUCGUUUUAAAAAUUUCUAUUGCAAUGAGAAGAAAACUAGUUAUGAUUUCGUUGGAUUUGAGCUUGAACGUUGGAAAGCAAUGACGAAAAGCUUUGGCAAGGCAAACAAGGAAUAUGAUAGACUUACUUUCAAAACGUUAUCAGACUCAAAGAAAGUGAUCAGUGGUCCUCCAUUGUUUUGCCGCACCUGCAAAAGAGGAACCAGAAAGUAUUCUACUAAGGAUCCUACAAGGAAGUUUAGCUUUGUUAUGGCACAAAUCAUGCUGCCUCUAGCGGUGGAGUAUUACUUGAGGUCCCGUAAAGUAGAGAUGGAUAAGAUAGUGGAGAAAGAGACCACAAAUCAAGCCCUUCUCUCUACUGAUCCAGCAAAGGUAGAAGAGUCCGUAAAACGGAUCGCAGGAAACCAUAAAGGAAGAAGAGAUGAAUUUUACUCCUUCCUCCAAAAUCAACAGAAGGUCCCUUACGACAAAACAAAAGUGCGCCGGUCAUUGGAAUACUUAAACAAAGCUCGUCUUCAAAGAAUCAUCAAUUUACUGGAUUAUGUAGAAGACCAAGGAUGGGCAGAUGGCAGUGCUUUAGGUUCCUUGACUGCAGAGAUGAAUCGAAAUGGUGCUGCAUAUAUGCAUACUAUCCUUUUACUUAAAGAUAGUCUACACAAACAUUCCACAAACAAGAGCAGACUGCUUAACUUGAUCAAGACCGCAAAAUGGUACAACGACUUUGGAGAAGUGUAUCAAAAGAAAUUCGAAUUUGAUGGAACAAAUGCUGACAGAAUGAUUACUAUAAUGCUGUUUCGGCUCAUCAUUGUUUUAGUGAUGCCUACAAGUUCAGAUGCAGAGAUAAAAGCCAGGCAAAGAGAUAUGGACGCUUGUAAGAAAUGGAUGGACAAUGCCUUGAAAAUCAACAAAGCAUUUGGAGGAGUUGUAAAGCCUGAUUAUACUGGCUUCCACCACAAGGCGUUUUAUGGAUCCGCUUACAUACCGCAGGCAUUGCAUACAGCAUCACAACUGCAGUACCUUCUUGAGGGAACUGAUUUUGCUCUAUCGGACUCAUCGAAAAGAAACCUGCGUGAAUCACUCAAAACUCUACGAGUUAUAGCUGUGAAAUACUCUACGCCUAGUAGUGUGGGAGGACGCUUUCCCCAGUACUCCAAGGCUGUUUUAUUGAAAACGAUCCCUGCAUACGCCUACAUCAGCGUAUCUCAUUCAGGAUCUCUAGCCUCAACACCAAAAGCUGGCGCAUCUGUGCCUGAUGUCACUAGCGAUGUGAAAAUGUUUAUACGUCUUUACCAACCUUCAGACGAGUUAGUCGUUGAAUACCUCAAUGAUGGAACAAUUCGACGAGGGAAAUCCUACAUGAACACACUUGGGUCUUUGGAAAUAAUGAGCCAAGUAAGUAACAUCCGAAUUAACGUAAUAGGCGUGCAACAGUGCUUGAGAUAUAUGGAGCAUUAUACAGCUUUCAUUCUGAUCGUCUUAAGUCUGCUGUCCAACGUGUCGGUUGAUGAUGAAAUAAAAUGAUACUGAUAAUAACAAUAAUGAUAAAAAAAUCCAGUUACAAAUAAACACCACUUUUUUCCUUUUAUUUUAUGAGGUCUGCAUCGAAAUGAUGUAAAUCGUCUGGAGUAUCAGAUUUUAUUCAUGAGUAAACUAAAAAGUCAUAAGUUCAUGGUAGUUUAACAGUGAUCAAUUUAUCUGAGUUGGGGUCAUAAAUCAGAGUGAGGUUGUUCGAUUGGUGGACAACUCUAUCCAACGGAUAAAUCGCUCUACAGCGGAUAAGUGUUAACAAAACAUACCGCACUAUCCAACGGAUAGAGAUUUAUCCAGCAGACAGCGUUAUCCACCCUUUGAACAACAGGGGCCUGGCGUGUAAACAAUUGGAUAUUUUGGUGAAUCUUACACCAGGAUACUCGCCUUAUGUUUUAGGGAUAUUGACAUAAGCUGGGUUGUCACUCACAAGCAUCCGAUGGAUUCAUCCUCCAUAUGAUGCCGUAUAAAGUUAUGAGACUAGUUAAGCUAUCAGUGCCAUGACAUCAUUUAGAAGCAUUAAUCGCGACAAUGGUUUUUUUUCUUUUGAACAAGUGACAAAGACUCCUUUUUGUCAUUAGGUGUUCCAGAAAGCCAGUGUAAAUAAGAAAAUGACUGCUGAGUCAUCUCCGGAGGGGCAUUGGUCCAAGAACUUUGCAGCUCUUUCUAUUCAUCGUCGUGAAGACUGGGCAGUUACAAUGAAAGGCUUUAACAGAUUUGUCUGGGACUUUGAGCAAGGCAAGGGUCAAAAUUUGCACGGUAUUUUUCAGAGCCAUGGCCAGAUGAUUAUUGCAAACAACGAGGAGUCGUUAAAGGCACAUGAUAUAGAGAACGGAUGGGACUGGACAAAAAUACCAGGAGCCACUACAAUGAAUCUAAGCCUUUAUGAAACGCUACUCAAGAAAGCGAGGUAUUUCAGUCCGCGAUCUUCAGCCGGAGGAGUUACCUUUAUAGGGCCAGAGCCCAUCGCGAGCGGACUCUUCGCCAUGGACUUUCAUCAACCAGAUUACCAGUUCUUAAACGUAAGUGAUCGUCAUCGUAAUAUUAAACUCUACUUUAAAAAAUCCGUUUUCUUUUUCCAAAGCGUAUUGGUCUGCUUAGGCAGCAACAUCAAAAUUGAAAAUGGUUCUGGAAAAGAGGCACAGACAACACUCUUUCAAGACAAGCUUCAAAGAGGUUCAUCGACCUUCACUAUUGAAGUAGAUGGUGUAACAAAAGGUAUGUCAGCUCCUUUCCCCGCUGAGACACCGGCUUUAAGUUCAGAGGGGUACAUCACUCUUACUGACACGAAAGGCAAUAGCUACUACAUUCCAAGUUCUAGUGCUUCGAGUCUCAAAGUUAAAGUUGAGAACCAAAGCUCUAAAACUCCAGCUGACAAACCUUCCAGUGGUUAUUAUGCCACCGCCUGGUUUGAACAUAGUUCAUCCGAUGACAAAUAUGAGUACGCCAUUUAUGUUAAAACACCAUCGUAUCCAAAAUCUGCCAGCGAUAUUUGGAAAUCUCAGGCGACUAGUACCACAAGAAAAGUAUACACAGUUUUGAAACAGGAUAACAAAGCGCAUGUGGUGAAAUUUGAGAUGACCACAGAACGCUGGAAUUGGAUUGACGCCCAGUAUGGUUAUGCAAUAUUCGGGUCCAUCAUGGAGCUCCCAGCCGAAGGUCCAAUCAAGGCUGUCAGCAAAGAUUGCCUCAUUAUGGCGAAAGAAGAUUCGAAGUUCCUUUAUUUGAGCAUCAGCUAUCCUGAUCUUGCAUUUCCUACGUCUAAGCCUUUGGAGAAAAUACAAGACAUAAAGGUGAAAGAGGAGUACAAAAUGGAGAGCGAAGACACCAAAAUGCAAGUGGCGCUGAGAUAUGAUCUACUAAAGACCCUACCCACAAAAGCAUAUGCUCAUGGAUCCCCGGCAGACUACUUGCCAAUAGUUCGGGUUGAGUCGCUAUCUUCACCUAAAGCAAACAAGGGAAACAGAGUUGUCUUUGUCAACCUUAAAAAUGGAUUCAGUGUAGAAGUUAAGUUGAGGAAGUAUUCUGAGUGA